AUGGGAUGGGUUAUAGGUCGCCACUGCUUCUAUGCUCGUUCUGGCGACUUUUCAUCACUCCUCUCCCUCACACACCUUGUGGCACUCGUAUUGACCGGGUAUGGCAUUCUUUCAAAAUCACCUGUGACAAAUGGGCCAUUCAAUAAGCUAUGGGUGAUUUGUGUUUCAUCAGCAUUUUUCACAUUCUCCCUCAUUUGCACCCGAAAACUAUCUGAGCCAGUUGGAAAGCCGACAAUUACUACCUACAUUUUGGCACCAUUUAUCAGCCUUAGCAUUGGAGCACUUGUUGCUCAGUCUUACUUUCACAAUGCAUUGCGAGGCCUAGUUCUACAUUUAAUCUUGAUCAGUUUUUCCUUAACGGGGUUUCCCGCACUGAUCAUCUUCAUAACAGUGACGGUUGGCAUAUCACUAGGGAUAGUUGGCCUAAUACAUAUAAGCGAUUCAUGUUGCUUUAAGAUCAUAUGGCUGGACUUGGUGCUAUUUCUAUGGCAAUCUGUUGGAGGGUUGCUGAUGUAUAAGAGAUUCGAGUGCCUGGCUAUGAUGAUUGUUAGUAUCAAAAAGAGGCCGUUGCUAUGCGUAAACAACUAUAAACCGGUGGAAUAUGUUGAGAGUGAAUUGAUGCGCCUUAUAGACCGGGAUGAAGUAAUUGACUUGUUUGCAAAGUCUUUAGAUUCGCAAAGAACGCUUUCUCGUGCGCUACAAAACUCAAAUACUAUGCUAAGUUCUAAUAGUAUUCGCAGUUCCCAUACACUCAGGUCCAUAUCUUCUAGGGUUGAUUCUAGGCUAGUUGAGACAAUUAUUACCAACAGGUCUAACAAGAUUCUCGAGUCUAUUCCCAGUGAUUUCAUGCCACCAAUACUACAAAGAUCCAACAUAGUGUCAUCUUUCAUUUCUGAGCCUGUGAUUAUAAAUGACAAUGACCCAUAUCUUAAUGAAUUUAAAAAUUUCGAGUUUGAAGUUAUAAAUCCCACACGCAGGAGAUCACUUAACAAGCUACCGAUUUGUGUCAAAAGAACGAUUGGAUUUAUGUUGUACUGUUUGAAGCGAUGCUACGAGAUGAGGAGCGUGUUUUUGAGAGCUACAUGGGCAAAUGAAGAUUUAUUACCGCCAAGAAAUGUUUUAGGCAUGUUUUCAUGCACAAUUUUCGAAGACUGGUAUGUGGAAUGGAUGCACGAGUUUAACGUCAAAUUUUACGCCGAUUCCGUUUGGAUACUGCUCUUAUUUUGCUACCAUGGUACAAUAUCGAGUGCAAUUGCAUUGGCAAAGCACUAUAACUCAAUCUCAUCUAAAGCCGUCACAAGCAGAUACAUCUUUUUAACAAUACGAUUUAUCACGCAGCCAUUGGCUGUCACUCUGGUUCUAUUACCAUUAUUGCUGAAUAAGUGCAGGGGAUCGACUAUGAAGGCGCGCUGCUACUACUUGUUAUCACUACUACUAUGUCUAAUACAGCUGUUCUUUGCCAUAUUUGACAUAUCGUGGAUACUAACUUGGGAAAACCCGGGAGAAAUAUCUUACAAUUCGUACUCUGUAGAAAUGCUACUAAUGCAUACAUCUGUAAUACUCUUAUGCCGUUACCCAGCGUACUUUUUCUUAUUCUUAGUCUACUCUUUCUCUUUCAUAACCCUGCACUUCAUCCUUUCUUCUGACCCUAGGAUAAGGAUUAUUUCGGCAGAAUUCGCUCCGCAAGUGGUCACUGCCAUUGGAUCAUUCUUCUUUUACAUCCGUCCGGUGGAUAUUUCCCGAAGGAUGAUAUUUUGCCGAUACGUGCUACCAUAUUUAAUGCACUUGAGAAUAAUUUGCCAGGAAAAACAGGAUGGACAGGAAGAUGUGAGGUUGGAUAAGUUGGGGACUAGUAUAUCUUGUAGCUAG